AUGUUCAAUGAAUAUAAAUUAGGUGAUUUAUCGAGCAAAGUGUACAGAGUCAAUCGUUUCUCAUUCUUACCAUCUUCCAAUGAAACUAAUCCCUCUACCAUCUCAUCAACAAUAUCCUCAUCGAAAGAAAAUUCUACUCCUGAUACUUUGGUAUCACAUGUCUCACAUAUAACUGCACCAGCACAAUCAAAUAAAACAUUAAAACGGCAAUUAUCUCAUGAAACAAUAAUUCCACAACCACUUGUGUCAUUACAACUUGACGUUAAUGAACCACCACUUCACAAUGCUCCUGCUAAUCCAAUUCCUCUUAUGUCGUUUUAUGCUCCCCCAUGCUCAACUAAAUCUCAUCCUCAAUCACACCGUCGACCACCUCUUCAACGUAAACCACGUUUAUACAGCACAGUCUGUAGUCAAGCACCACAAGCAAACACUAAUACAAGUCAACACGUCACCAAUCAUCGCUCUGAUACAUCGUCAACAAUCUUCAACACCAUCAACCCAUCAACACAACAACAGGAACACGCGACAGUCUUCUCACCAAACCAUGAUCAACCAUCUCCUGGAUUAUCAAGUGCUUUUAAUACCGAGAUGAUCGAAUUAUCAUAG